CAACUGCAAAAAUUGGCCCAUAAUUGUUAGCUGGAGAAUUUUUUCAAUCAAGCCAAAUGGGUGCGAAGCUGACGACGUAAAAUUUUGUGUGUACCAACGAAAGAGCGGUGAAAACGGACGGCGCAAGAGCGCAAAGAGAGUGAGCGCAUAGAGAGAGCGAAUCAGUGAGUGGCAAGAAGAAGACGGACGGAGAAGCAGAAGCAGAAGGCAACACUCGAAUCAAAUUUCGGUGGUGCGCCUGUGGGGAAAAAUGAUGGAAAACUUCGAGGAAAUUCACUUGGGUCAUAUUAUUACCAAGGAUUUGCCCGACAUGGCCGAUGUUCAAUUGCCGAAUGCCAAAGAGUUUCUUAGCUUUGAGAACACUUCAACAAAUUUUGAUUUUGGCGCCGAAAUUCUGGCAACGGCAACGGCAACAACGUCGACUGCGACUGCGACAUCUACAUCAACAUCGACAGCAACAGGCGGCGGACCGGCAGCCAAAGCAAAUGUUGAAAUCAAAACAAAAAUAUUUGAAGAACAAGAAAUUGGCGCCAAUAUGGAUAUGGGAGCAGAAUUAUUGAAUGUACUUCCGCCGCUGCAGCAACAGUCCAAACUUCUAGAAAAGUCCAACUCCGAGUGUGACGAUGAAGAAGAGGAAGAGGAGGAUGAUGAAGACGACGAUGACGAUGAUGAUGAUGAUGAGGACGAGGAGGCCACUGGCGAAGAGACCAACGAGGAUGAGGACGACACCAGCUCGGACUGCUCAUCGGUAGGAGGUGGUGGUGCCACCGACUGGAAGCUCCGCUGGCUGCAACGCGAACUCUACACAGGUCGUGUGCACCGCCAGGUGAUUGCCAGCAUUAUGCCACACUUUGCCACAGGUCUGGCCGCCGACACUGAUGACUCAGUGCUGUGGGACUAUCUGGCCCAUCUUUUGAACGAGCCGAAGCGGCGAAACAAGCUUCCGAAUGUCAAUACCUUUGGCGAUGUCAUCGAUCUGGUGCAGAAAUCUUCCCGAAUUAUUGUCCUGACUGGCGCUGGAGUGUCUGUCUCCUGUGGCAUACCAGACUUUCGCUCCACCAAUGGCAUCUAUGCCCGUCUGGCCCAUGAUUUUCCCGAUUUACCAGAUCCGCAGGCCAUGUUUGAUAUCAACUACUUCAAGCGUGAUCCGCGGCCCUUCUACAAGUUUGCACGAGAGAUCUAUCCGGGGGAGUUUAGGCCCUCGCCCUGUCAUCGUUUCAUAAAGAUGCUGGAGACCAAAGGCAAGCUGCUGCGCAAUUAUACGCAGAAUAUCGAUACUCUGGAGCGGGUGGCAGGCAUUCAGCGGGUCAUUGAAUGCCACGGCUCCUUCUCGACGGCCUCGUGCACCAAAUGCAAGUUCAAGUGCAAUGCGGAUGCCCUGCGGGCUGACAUCUUUGCCCAGCGCAUACCCGUCUGUCCGCAGUGCCAGCCCAACAAGGAGCAGAGUGUAGAUGCCUCGGUCGCCGUAACUGAAGAUGAGCUCCGGCAGCUGGUCGAGAAUGGCAUUAUGAAGCCCGACAUUGUUUUCUUCGGAGAGGGUUUACCCGAUGAAUACCAUACAGUGAUGGCCACAGACAAGGACUGUUGCGAUCUGUUGAUUGUGAUUGGCUCCUCGCUGAAAGUGCGACCGGUGGCACACAUUCCCAGCAGUAUACCGGCAACGGUGCCGCAGAUUCUCAUCAAUAGGGAGCAGUUACAUCAUCUGAAAUUUGACGUGGAGUUGCUGGGUGACUCUGAUGUUAUUAUCAAUCAGAUCUGUCAUCGCUUAUCCGGAGACGAUGGCUGCUGGAAGCAGAUGUGCUCCGAGGAGGCAAUGCUCACCGAAUGCAAGAAUCUAAUGCCGCCCGAGCAUCAUAAUCACCUUGGCCUACAUCAUCAUCAAUAUCUGCACCAUCGACACUGCAUCUCGGAGAGCGAGCAGCAGUCACAGUUGGACACAGACACGCAGUCCCUAAAGUCAAAUGGAUCGACCGAUUACAUUUUGGGUUCGGCUGGAACUUGCUCAGACUCGGGCUUUGAGUCCUCCACAUUCACAUCCGCAGGCAACACCAACAAGCGCCCACAAAGUGCCGAUGAUGCCCAGGAUCGGGCUGCCAUUGAGCGCAUCAAGACAGACAUUCUGGUGGAGCUAAAUCAGACUACUUUGAGCUGUGACCGUCUGGCUGCAGCAGCAGCGGUACCACUACCGGCCGCUUCACCUGGGGAAGCGCCAGUGGAGAGCUAUCGUCACUUGUCGAUCGACUCCUCAAAGGACAGCGGUAUCGAGCAGUGCGACAACGAAGCCUCCUCCGCCAAUUCUGCCAACCCCUAUGUUCGGCCCAGUAAUCUGGUCCAAGAGACCAAGACGGUAGUGGGGCCCAGGCUACCACCAAGGCCGGCACAGCGCGGCGGCAAGCGACAGACAGCUGCCGAGCGCCUUGUCCCAGGCACCUUUUAUUGUCACACGAACAACUGUUCGUAUGUGUUCCCGGGUGCCCAGGUCUUCUGGGAUAACGAGUACAGUGAUGAUGAUGAUGAGGAUGACGAGGUGAUGCGUAAGGAUGGCAGCAUGAUGCCCAAGGGACAUGCUGCAGAUCUCUUUGGCAAUAUGGGAGGGGCCAACGAUGAUGAUGACGAUGAUGAGGACGCCUGCGAUCUGAAUUCCGUACCAUUGUCACCACUACUGCCGCCAUCGCUAGAGGCACACAUUGUCACCGAGAUAACUGGUGGCGUUAGCGGGCUGGAUGACUCUGAGCUUCCAUUUGACAGCAGUCCCAGUAAGAAGAGAACAAGCUCCAGCCUUGUGCAACAACAGCCAGCACCAGCGAUUGAGGGUGAAACGCCGCCAUCGAAGAAGCGACGGCCCAGCGAGGAGGAGGAGACUCCCCCUCCGACAAGCGUCGUGUAAAGUUAAAUUAUAUUGCAUGCUUGGUAGUAGGAUAAUAUUUAUUUUAAAUUCAAGUUAAAUCAAUUGAUGCUUAAAAAUCCACACAACCACAGAAUAUGAAUAUAUGUCCAGAGAAGCUCGCCCUUGAACCUAACGUAAAGAUUGAAGUGCAUCGAGAACACACGAGAGGCUUUAACCCUCGUCCUCCGCUUCCCCGGAAUGAUAUAUCCUUCCUUCUGAUAUUUUCUGCACAAGCUCUAAGUUUAUUUAUUAUAUUCCUUUCAAAACGGAACGCAACGCUGUAAAUGUUAGUAUUUUAUUAUUAUAAGUUUGUUAUUGAGGCCUUUUUAGAUAAAGCAAAUAAAGAUGAGAGUUGGAAACAAAAAAAAAGGUAGAUGGAGAUGGAAACAAGCGCCUCAACUUUAAAUCUAGGCUUAACAUAUUAGACAUAUUAAACUACUACAAACAUUUCUAGAUGUAUUUAAGAACUAGACACAAAGAAAAAAAUACACUCUGUAUAUAAGAACA